AUGCUUUAGUAGCGGGGAUAACACAACAAUUCACCGACUGACAAACUGGAAUACGUUCACUUUACUCGACUUCUCUUCUCCGUAAUAUUAAUAUUUUUUUUACAAAUCUGACCAAACGUGGAGGUGUUGUUGAUAGUGAUUUUACGUUUUUCGGGGCGAAUAUUUUCGCGAUUUUAAAUGGCAAAUUCGGUUUUUCAAUUUGUUUUCGUGUUGCGACCGUGUUAAAUGUUUUAUUUUAAUUUUUUACUCCCCAGUAUUGUAAUAAUCACGUAGAAAUAUGGAGUGAUAUUUGUCGUAGUGCGAUACUAAAUCAUACAAACGGUUGAAUAUGUCUUUGUACAUAGUUCAGUGCGGUAUUCGUGCAUUUUUUGGUGUUAUUUUGAUAUUAUUGUUGUGUUACAAUGCGGACGGAUACUCAAAAUCAACAGAUGUUUGGACGACCACAGCUACCAGCGUCUCCUGCGGACCUGGAAUGUUCCGUUGUUACGAUGGUAAAUGCAUUCCAAAAGAUUUACUCUGUAAUGAUCAAAAAGACUGCGAGAAAGCCGAGGAUGAAUACCAAAAUUGCCCUCCUCCGGAGUGCGAAGUAGGCAUGUUGUCCUGCAGACAGUACCAUUGGAAUAAAACGUAUUGUUACCCUCCUCAUUAUAGAUGUGAUAAAACUGUCGACUGCGUUGAUGGUUCCGACGAAGAUGGCUGUGUUUUUCGAUCGUGCCAAGAGAGCGAUUUCUUUUGCGAGAAGCAUUCAUCGCCAACUAACUCGAUAUGUAUACCAAUAGAGAAGAAAUGCGACGGAUAUUACGAUUGUCGUAAUAAACGCGACGAAGAAACAUGCGCUGCGAGUCAAGGUGUAUCAUGUUCGUUGGACCAAUUCAAAUGCGCCAAUGGGCUAAAAUGCAUCGACCCGAAACUGAAAUGCGAUCAUAAUAACGAUUGCGGUGAUAACAGCGACGAAACUGGUUGCAAUUUCGCAGCCUGUCACGUUGGUCAGUUUCGCUGCGCGAAUAGUCGCUGUAUACCGAGGAAUUACCAUUGCGAUGGUUUCGCCGAUUGCAACGAUGGAAGUGACGAAGCGAAUUGCACGACGAUAGCUUGCCCUGGAAAAUUUCUGUGUCCCCGCGGAGGACCUAAUGGCAAACCUAAAUGUAUCCUGAAAUCGCAGCUAUGCGAUCAGAAAAAAGAUUGCGAAGAUAAUGCGGACGAAGAAGCGGCAUGCUCGACGGCCAGUUGUCCGGCGUUGAAUUGCCAGUACCGGUGUCAAGCUUCGCCUACCGGAGGAGCUUGCGUUUGCCCCGAAGGCUUGAAGAUUGCUAACGAUACCAAGAGAUGCGUCGAUCGAGACGAAUGUCAAGAAUGGGGCUACUGCGAUCAGCUGUGCGAGAAUACAGAAGGCUCUUAUACCUGUUCAUGUUACCCUGGUUUCGAUCUAGUAGAUAAUAAGAAUUGUAUAGCUAACAAAAUUUUAAAUCCUUUUAGUAUAUAUUUCGCACACGAUAAAUCCAUUUUACAAAUCGAUAGUCACGGCCAGAACCAAGUGGUCGUUGCUAACGGCUCUUUAGUCAGCGGUUUAGAUUACCAUUUUGCUAAAAACUUACUUUUUUGGAUCGACGUUAAAACGAAAAAAGUUCACUAUCAAGAGUUAGAGGACAUGAUUAAUUUUGGCUCUGCGACGUCGACCGCAGUAAAACGCGAAUUCAUGUUACCAGGUUCACCGUCUCCAGUAGCUGUGGCCGUCGAUUGGAUAGGACAUAAGUUAUAUAUAGUUGAUUCUUUAGGACAGAAAAUCGACAUUUUCGAGCUAGAUGGUCGUUAUCAUGCCAUAGUAAUGGGUAGCAAUUUGACCAACCCUACGGAUGUAGCUUUGGAUCCUGUAGCAGGAUUAAUGUUCGUAGCCGAUAGUAACCAGAUUCUCAGAGCUCAUAUGGAUGGCACGAAUGUCAGAUCUAUUGUUACCGAAGCAGUCUAUAAGGCUUCUGGAAUAGCUGUCGAUAGUUUUGGUAAACGAGUUUUCUGGUGUGAUUCGUUACUCGACUAUAUCGAAACGGUCGAUUACAUGGGAAAUAAUCGAUUUCUUAUAUUAAGAGGUCAAUCAGUGCCAUCACCUACAAGACUGGCGGUUUUCGAAAACCGUGUAUUUUGGUCAGAUAGUACUAAACAGGGUAUAAUGAGUGUGAAUAAAUACGAAGGAUCGACUUCCAUUCAAGCAGUAUUCAAAAGUAGGGAAGUCAAGGAUCCAAAAGCUGUGAAAAUUAUUCAUUCGUUGUUGCAAAAAAAAGUUGAACCGAGUCCUUGUGGAACCAAUAAUGGAGGAUGUCAUCACAUGUGUGUGGUGACAAAAGUGAGCGAAUCAGAAAUUCUAGGAUAUCGCUGCGCUUGUAAUAUUGGGUAUGCUCUGUCGAAUGAUUUGAAAACUUGUAUAAUGGUCAGCGAAUUUUUACUGUACUCGCAGCAACGUUACAUCAAAGGCCGAGUCUUGAACCCAACCUCUGAAGGAUUCAGUGACGCUAUUUUACCAGUUGUUUCUCGACGUGCUCGAUUUGUCGGUUUAGAUUUCGAUUUUCAAAAUAAUUACAUUUAUUAUUCAGAUGUACUGCAAGAUGUCAUUUAUAGAGUAUAUAAAAAUGGAACCGGAAAAGAAAUCGUAUUGGCUUCUCAAAACGAAGGUGUCGAAGGUCUAGCUGUAGAUUGGAUGGCAAAAAAUCUCUACUACAUCGAUAGCAGAAAAGGUACACUGAACGUGCUAAGCACCAGAAACUUCACAAAUCGAAGAGUACUGCUGAAGAAUUUAAAACGACCCAGAGGCAUCGUUGUCCAUCCGAACCGAGGGUUUAUAUUUUUCUCAGAAUGGGAUCGACCUGCCAAUAUCAGUAGAAUGUAUACGGAUGGUACGAAUUUGAUGGUAUUCCGUAAUGUGACCUUGGGAUGGCCUAAUGGUCUAGCGAUGGAUUUCGCUAUGGAUCGACUGUACUGGUGCGAUGCACUAUUAGACCACGUACAGCAUUCUAACUUAGAUGGAACGGAUGUUAGGACGAUAAAUUCGAAAUUAAUAAGGCAACCGUUUUCUAUUGCUAUUUAUCAAGACUGGAUGUAUAUUACUGACUGGAGACUGGAUUCGAUAAUUAAAUUGCAUAAGUUGAACGGCGACAUGGAGGAAGUAGUUACCAAAGAGCCUCAGAAUAAUAGAUUGUACGGUGUCAAGGUGUAUAGUCAGAGUGAGCAGGAUAUUGGUAAAACCCAUCCUUGUUUGCCGAGCAAUAAUUAUGGUGGAUGUCAAAAAUUGUGUUUCGGUGUUCCUUCUAAUACGUCUUCACAGUUACAAGUAAAAUGCGGUUGUCCUUACGGAGAAAAAUUAGCCGAAGAUGAACGUAAAUGUAUCACAGACCCGAGUGCUGAACCACCAAUGACUGCUUGUCCUAAUAAAUGGGAUUUCAUGUGCAAUAAUCAACGUUGUAUACCUAAAGCUUGGGUUUGCGAUGGUGAUGACGAUUGUUUGGAUAAUUCGGACGAAGAACAAAACUGCACAAAACCAACGUGUAAUGCUGGCGAAUUCCAAUGCGGUUCCGGACGCUGUGUUCCGAUGACUUUCAAAUGCGAUGGUGAAAACGACUGCGGCGAUUAUAGUGAUGAAACUGGCUGUGUUAAUGUUACUUGUUCAAUGUCUCAAUUCCUUUGCGAAAACGGUCGUUGUAUUCCAUCGAAUUGGAAAUGUGAUUCAGAAAAUGAUUGCGGAGAUGGUUCCGAUGAAGGAGAUUUUUGUACGGAGAAGACAUGCGCGUACUUCCAAUUUACGUGUCCUAGAUCUGGUCAUUGUAUUCCGCAGACCUGGGUUUGCGAUGGUGAUAAUGAUUGUUUUGAUAAUCAAGACGAAGAAGGGUGUCCUCCUAUAACGUGUUCGGCGACUCAGUUCAAGUGUGCUGAUUUAAGGCAGUGUAUUCAAGAGACGUAUAAAUGCGAUGGUAUUUUGGAUUGUAAUGACGGAAGCGAUGAGUUGGGAUGUCCUACCGUGUCACCAAAUCAAUGCGAUCCCGAGAAACAAUUCAGAUGCGAGAAAUCAGGCAUUUGUGUGCCCAAAUCUUGGUACUGUGAUGGUACCUCAGAUUGUGAUGACGAUUCAGAUGAACCUAAAACUUGCAAACAGGUAGCCUGCCAGCCGAAUUAUUACAAAUGUAACAACUCGCAUUGUAUAUUCAAAGCGUACAUUUGCGAUGGAAGAGACGAUUGUGGCGAUGGUUCUGAUGAAGACGUAUCUCACGCUUGUGCUCCUCCUCCAUUCAGAUGUGCUGACGGCGAAUGGCAGUGUCCAAAUGUAACCGAACGUUGCGUUAAUCUUACCCAAGUCUGUAACGGUGUACCUGAUUGUCCGAAUGGUGCCGAUGAAGGACCUCUUUGUGAUUUACAAGGAUGUAAAAAACAUGGCGGAUUUUGUUCGAAUGAAUGCAAAGAAACACCUAUCGGUCCAAUGUGCUUAUGCCCUACCGGUGAAGUACUCAAUAAUACGUAUGACUGCAUGGAUCUCAACGAAUGUGAACCUCCUGGUCUAUGCUCCCAACAAUGUACCAACACAAAAGGAAGCUUUUUCUGUAGUUGUUCCGAAGGCUACAUUUUGGAGCCGGACAAGAGGCAUUGCAAAGCAGUGAACCAUAGCGCUGCGUUUUUGAUUAUUUCGAACCGACAUUCGAUUUUGGUAGCUGAUUUAAAAGAGCAAGGUUUAGAACGAGUUCCUAUAGCGGUAGAAAAUGUUGUGGCUACUGCAUCCAAUAUGCAUACUGGAACGAUAUUUUGGUCUGAUAUGAAAUUGAAAAAGAUAUCGAGGUUGGAUCGAGGCAAAACUACACAAGAUAUUAUAACAUCGGGAUUAGACUUGGUCGAAGGUCUAGCCUACGAUUGGGUAGGAGGUCAUUUAUAUUGGCUGGAUUCACGCCUAAAUACCAUCGAAGUAUGCAAAGAAUUCGGCGCUGAUCGAAUGGUUCUAAUCAAAGAGAACAUUACUCAACCUAGAGGAAUGGUUUUGGAUCCGACACCAGGAGCAUAUUGGCUAUUCUGGACGGACUGGGGUGAAAAUCCGCGAAUUGAACGAGCCGGUAUGGAUGGUACUAAUCGAUCAACCAUCAUCCAUACAAAAAUAUACUGGCCGAAUGGUUUAACUCUGGAUAUCGCCAACAAACGAGUAUAUUUUGCUGAUUCGAAACUAGAUUUCAUCGAUUUUUGCAAUUACGACGGCACUGGAAGACAACAGGUGGUUGCUGGAAGUCACUAUCUGCUUCAUCCACAUUCGCUGACACUUUUUGAAGAUACUCUUUAUUGGACUGAUCGUCAACUGAAUCGGGUGUUAUCAGCGCACAAAUUCAGAGGUAAAAAUCAAACCGUGGUGUCACAUUUGAUCUCUCAACCACUUAGUAUUCAUGUGCAUCACCCUUCGUUGCAACCAAUCACCCAAAAUCCCUGCAAUGGAAACAAAUGCGAACAGUUCUGUUUGCUUUCACCUUCGUCACCUACUGGAUUCAUGUGUAAAUGUAAACCCGGAUUUAAAGUUACUUCUGAAGGAAAAUGUGUCGAAGAGGAUAUUGAUUAUUUAUUGGUAAUGAAAGGCUCGCAAAUUGUCGACGUCAGUUUAGAUCCCAAAGUCAAAAGUACAGGGCAUAUAUCGCCUGUUGUUGGCAUUGAAGGUGGUGUUAUGUUGGAUUACGAUCACGUUAUGGGUAAUUUGUUCUGGGUACAAGGCAAUAAAGAAGAUGAAGAUAAUGAUAACAAUUCUGGAAACUGUACGAUUUAUUCGAUGAAUUAUCACGGUGGAAACAAAACUGCAUUCUUGAGCGAUAUCAGUGGACUUGUGGGUGCUCCUUAUGCCAUCGCAUUCGACUGGAUUGGUCGUAAUCUCUACAUAGGCAAUCAAAUUGCAUCAAAUAUUGAGAUAGUUAAGGUUGAUGGCAAAGAAAAAUAUAGAAAGGUGGUUUUAUCAAACGAUGGUAAAAAUGUUUCCGUUGCGAGACCAGUAGGAAUAGCAUUGGAUCCUUUCGAUGGGAAAUUGUAUUGGGCCGAUGAAGGAGGUUUUGGAGUACCACCCAAAAUCGGCAAAGCAAAUAUGGAUGGUUCGUUGCCAAUCAUUUUAGUCAACAAUGGGGAUGUACCGCUAGCCAUAGCAAUAGAUUUAGAUACUAAAAAAAUCUAUUACAGCACACAAUUCCCCAGCCGUGUGAAAACUGUCUCCACCUACGGUCAAGGACUGGAGGACAUUAUGUCUGAAAUGAACGGUGUAUCGUUACCCAAAGCAUUGGCUGUGUAUGAAAGACGCUUAUAUUUCUUAGAUCCACAUUAUGAUAAACUGGAAAGAGUCAGCUUGGAUAAUGUAUCGAAUUCUGAGAUCAUCCUCGAUAACGAAUCUGACUUGAAAUCUUUCGUCGUUUUCCAAAAACGCCAAACCAAAAGCCACCCAUGUUUACAAAACAACGGAGGCUGCGAACAGCUUUGCAUACCUUUCGAAGGAUUUGCCAAAGUUUGCGGUUGCUCCAUUGGUUACACAGUUGAAGAUGAAAUUAGAUGUUCACCUUAUCAGAAUUUCGCCAUCGUUACUCAGCUAGAUAUCGCCAGAGGUUACAGUUUGAGUGGUUCGGCUGAAGCCAUGGUUCCUAUAUCUGGCCCUGGUCAUCAUAUUUUACAUGUUGAUUUCCACUAUUCGCAAAAAUGGAUCUAUUGGGUCGAAUUCAAUCGUGGUACUUGGAACGGUAUAUACAGAAUACGUCCCAACGGCACAGAAUUACAACCUGUUGUUAAAGAUGGUAUUGGAUCGAAUGGCAUCAGAGGCCUGGCCGUAGAUUGGAUCGCUGGUAAUUUAUAUUUCACCAAUGUGUUCCCACAUGAAAAUUACGUCGAGGUUUGUUGGCUCGAUGGUUCGAUGAGGAAAGUACUCGUCAAAACUACCACAGACUCGCCUAAAGAAUUGGCUGUGAAUCCCAUUAAAAGAUAUUUAUACUGGAUUGAUUACGGACAAUAUCCAAAAAUCGGCAAAGCUUAUCUAGAUGGUAGUAACUGGACACCGAUUGUUACCAGUGGUAUUAGUAUGCCUCGUGAUCUAACUGUCGAUAUGAAUACUCACGAUGUGUAUUGGGUCGAUGCCAGACUCGAUAGAAUACAAAAAGUCUCGUUUAACGGUGGAAAUAGACAGAUUGUCAGAGGUUAUCUCCCUAAUCCAUUGGGUAUCGCUAUUCACAAUAGUGACGUGUACUGGGUCGAUAGAAAUCUCAAUACUGUUUACAAAGCUUCGAAACUACCUGGUAAUACGAGUGUACCUACCACAUUCAGAACUAAUUUACCGAGAUUGAGAGAUAUCGCCAUUUAUGAUUCAAUCAAUCAACCCACCGAUGAUCAAAACCCUUGCUCAAGAUUAGGUAACGGAGGCUGUGAACAAUUAUGUUUCUCAUUCCCGGUUGAUCCGGUGAAUAAAUUCAAAUUCAAAUGCGAUUGCUCCACCGGUGUAAUUGCUGCUGGAUCCUCUUCAAAAUGUGAUACUUUAUCCGAAUACUUAGUAUUUGCAACCAGAACUGAAAUCAGAUCCGUUAGCUUGGAUCCGCAAUCAACCAAUGUGCCUUUCAAACCAGUUGGUAAUUUGACCAACGUGGUUGGUAUAGAUUUCGAUUACGCCGACAGUAAGCUGUUCUUUACUCAAAUCCGACCCUGGGCUCGAAUCAGUACAUUACCUAGCAAUGAACCAUCCUUCAGCUCUGUUCAGUCAAUAUUGACUCGAGGUAUUAAUCCAGAAGGAAUAUCCUAUGAUUGGACACAAAAGAAGAUCUAUUGGACUGAUUCAUCAAAUAAUUCGAUUUAUGCGAUGAACUUGGAUGGAUCACAGUUGGUCAUGAUUGCUCGAGUUGAACGCCCCAGAGCCAUAGUUUUGGAUCCAUGUAACGGAACGUUGUAUUAUACGGAUUGGGGAAGAUUUGGAACUUCCGGUAAGAUUUUCCGUACUACAAUGGCCGGAUCGUUGAAAAAAGCCAUCAUCGAUAAAGAUCUAUCGCAACCGAGCGGUUUAACAAUUGAUUUUGAUGAAAGAAUGUUAUACUGGUCGGAUGCUGUUCGUGAGAAAAUAGAAAAAUCUACAUUAACCGGAGCGAAUCGAGAGGUUCUCAUCUCAGCGACUAUUUAUCCAUUCGCUUUAACCGUCCACGGAAGAUUCAUUUAUUGGACUGAUUUACAACUGAGAGGAGUAUUCAGAGCUGAAAAACACACCGGAGCUAAUAUGAUCGAAAUUGUUAAACGACUUGAAGAUUCUCCCAGAGAUAUCACUGUAUACUCUAAAGAACGUCAAAAGUGUUCGUUCAAUCCUUGCAAUUUCAAUAAUGGUGGUUGUGCUCAGUCGUGCCAUCCUGCAGGAAAUGGAACUGCUGAAUGUAAAUGCGAUGAUUAUUCGAAUUUGGUCAACGACGGACGUAUGUGUGUUCCUAAAAACGUAUCUUGCGAAGCUUCCAAAUUCCAUUGUAGAAAUGGUAAAUGUAUCUCGAGAAUGUGGGCUUGCGAUGGUGACGAUGACUGCGGUGAUAACAGUGACGAAGAUGUUAAAUAUUGUACUUACCAUUCGUGUAGCAGUAACGAAUUCAGGUGCGCUAAUGGACGUUGCAUAUUCAAAACUUGGAAAUGCGAUCACGAAAACGACUGUAGAGAUGGAUCAGAUGAAAUCGAUUGUAAUUACCCACCUUGCGCUAAUGGCGAAUUUACCUGCGCCAAUUACAGAUGCAUACCACAAUCACAAGUUUGUAACGGAGUCAACGAUUGUAAAGAUAAUGUUACAUCUGACGAAACACACGAUCGUUGUCCACGUAAUAUGACCUGUCCAGCAAAUCAUCUGAAAUGUGAAUCUACUAACAUUUGCGUUGAACCAUAUUGGCUCUGUGAUGGUGAUAACGAUUGUGGUGAUAACAGUGAUGAAAAUCCGAUACAUUGCGCUCAACGCACCUGUCCCACAAAUAGCUUCAGAUGUCCCAAUCAUCGUUGUAUUCCGGCCACUUGGUACUGUGAUGGUGAUGACGAUUGUGGAGAUGGAUCAGACGAACCGCCGGAGUACUGUAAAUCCGAAGGAAGAACAUGUUUCGGUGAUCUGUUCACUUGUGAUAAUGGAAACUGUAUUCCGAGGAUUUACAUUUGCGAUGGUGAUAACGAUUGUUUGGAUAAUUCCGAUGAAGAUGCUCGACAUCAAUGCAAUAACAGAAAAUGUGACGAAACCACCGAAUUCACUUGUACCGAAAACAAAUCAUGGAACAGAGCUCAAUGUAUUCCUAAAAAAUGGCUGUGCGAUGGAGACCCAGAUUGUGUUGAUGGAGCUGAUGAAAACUCGACCGCUUUGAACUGUCCCAAAACAUCUACCUGCAGCUCUGACCAAUUUACUUGCAGCAAUGGACGUUGCAUUAACAAAGGCUGGCUUUGCGAUCACGAUAACGAUUGUGGGGAUGGAUCAGACGAAGGUAAAGACUGUCAAACUCAUUACCAAACUUGUUCAACUGCAGAAUUCGCUUGUCAAAACUUCAAAUGUAUUCGUAAAACGUAUCGAUGCGAUGGCGAGAACGAUUGCGGUGAUAAUUCGGACGAAUUUAAUUGCACAAAUAAAACUUCAACAUGUCCUAGUGACAAAUUCAGAUGUAAAAAUGGUCAAUGUAUUGAUUACCAGCUUGUUUGUAAUAAAGUAUCCGACUGUUCCGACGAUAGUGACGAACCAGCUCAUUGUAAUGUCGACGAAUGCGCUAAAGUAGAGAUGAAUCAAUGUGGCCAUAAAUGUGUAGACACACCAACUGGUUACGUCUGCGAAUGUAACGCCGGAUAUAAAUUGUUAGAAGAUGGUAAAGCUUGCGCUGACAUAAAUGAAUGUGUAGAAUCUCCAGGAGUUUGUUCGCAGUACUGUUCGAAUACCCCAGGGUCUUAUUAUUGUAAAUGUGAUGAAACGUAUUAUGAUCGUGAACCAGAUGAGCAUACGUGUAAAAGACGCGAUCGAACGAAGCCUUGGCUCUUGUUUACGAAUAAAUAUUACAUCAGGAACAUGUCUUUGGACGGCAGCGAGUAUUCGUUGAUGCAUCAAGAUAUGCUGAACGUUGUAGCGUUAGAUUUUGAUGUAAAAGAAAAUAAAAUGUACUUCUGCGAUGUGAAUGCUAAAACGAUAUACAGAUCACCGGUUGGUUCACCAGAUCGAGAAAAAAUUAUCAGACACGAUAGCCAUGGUUUGGAAGGUAUCGCUGUUGAUUGGGUUGGAAGAAAAUUAUACUGGCUAGAUCGUCAUAGCAAACAUCUUGAAGUAGCUCAACUCAACGGUACCCAAAGAAAAACUCUGAAAGCUGGUAUUCAGGAUCCUAGAGCUCUGGUAGCCCAUCCUGGUAUUGGAUAUUUGUACUUCACCAGCUGGCAUCUGCAGGCUUACAUUGGUAAAAUUGGCAUGGAUGGAUCAAAUUUCACUCGUAUCCUCACCUACGAGAAUGAUAUCGCUUGGCCUAAUGGCUUGACCAUUGAUUACUUCGCUGAUAGGAUUUAUUGGGCUGAUGCUCAUUUGGAUUACAUCGCUUCCGCGGACUUGGAAGGUCGUCAUAAGCAUAUUGUUAUAUCUGGAGAUAAACUAGUCCCUCAUGUAUUUGCCCUGACUCUUUUCGAUGAUCACAUCUUUUGGAGUGAUUGGAACCUUAAAGCCAUUUAUAGAGCUAAUAAAUUCAAUGGAGGAGAUUACACUGUAUUAAGGAACACUACCCAUAGACCAUUCGAUGUUCACGUCUAUCAUCCUCUCAGACAAAUGCCAUACCCUAAUCCGUGCAGUAACGAUAACGGAGGAUGUUCACAUCUCUGUCUAUUGAAACCUGUACCUGGAGUAGAUACUAGUCCCGAAGGAUACAUGGAAACAAUGAGUCCAGUAACUUUCGUAUGCGCUUGUCCUAACCAAUUUUAUCUUGAUCCACAAAAUGGUAAAACGUGUAUAGCCAACUGUACCUCAGGCCAGCAUCGUUGCGGUGGCAGAGAUGAAAAAUGUAUUCCUUGGUUCUGGAAAUGCGAUGGUGAAAAAGACUGCGCUGACGGUUCAGACGAACCAAGCACUUGUCCUCCAAGGCAUUGUCGUGGAGGUGCAUUCCAAUGCGCCAAUGGCAAUUGCACACCUUCUACCACGAUCUGUGAUGGCGUCAACGACUGUGGAGAUAAAUCAGACGAAGUGCAUUGCGAUCUGCCGUGUCCCGAGUUAGAAUUCAAAUGUAAAUCGAACGGCAGAUGUAUUCUCAAUGCUUGGAAAUGCGACGGAGAGCCAGAUUGCAAAGAUGGAAGCGAUGAAGAUCACGCGACGUGUAAUAAUCGACCUUGUGAUCCUGAAGCCGAAUUCCAAUGCAAAAACGGACGCUGUAUACCAAAACUGUGGAUGUGUGAUUUCGAUAACGACUGCGGUGACGAUUCUGAUGAGCCAGCUUACAUGUGCAGACAACGUAAUUGUACCACUGGUUGGCAGCGUUGUCCGGGACGUACUAAUUACAGAUGUAUUCCAAAAUGGUUGUUCUGCGAUGGUAAAGAUGACUGUCGCGAUGGAUCCGACGAGUUACCAGAGAAUUGUCCUAAAUGUCAUGAAACCGGGGACUUCCAGUGUAGGAAUAAUCGUUGUAUACCAAAGAGAUGGUUGUGUGAUUUCGAAAACGAUUGCGGAGAUAAUUCAGAUGAAAGCGAAGAACUAUGCAAAGGAUCGUAUCGACCUUGCUCCGAAUCCGAAUUCCAAUGCUCUAAUACCAAAUGUAUUCCUAACCAAUGGCGCUGCGAUCACGAUGACGAUUGCGGUGAUGGCUCGGAUGAAAUAAACUGCGGCAAUUUCAAAUGCAAAAAUGGAACAUUCCAAUGUGCCAGUGGCCAUUGUAUCGCCGGAUAUUUCCGUUGCGAUGGUGAUAAAGACUGUCGAGAUUUGAGCGAUGAGAUUGGCUGUCCUCCAAGAUACCCUGGUGGUAAAUACUGCCCAGAUAGUAAAUUUGAAUGCAAAGCUACCAAAUUAUGUGUCGAAGAAACCGAGCUUUGUGAUGGUAACGAUGACUGCGGCGAUAAUUCCGAUGAAGCUCACGAGCUAUGCACGAACUUCAAUUGCACCACAUUACGCCGAUUCCAAUGCGAUAAUAAACGUUGCAUACAAUUUUACCAAGUUUGCGACGGCGUUGAUAAUUGCGAAGAUGGUUCGGAUGAGAACAACCUGACGCUGUGUCACAAACCGACGACGAAAACUUGCGAUUUAUACGCUGAGUACCAAUGUGCCAAUAAACACUGUGUUCCUAAGACUGCCUUGUGCAACCAUGUUAAUGACUGUGAAGAUAAUUCUGAUGAAUUAGGAUGCCAUUACGGUGAAGUUUGCAAAGAACCUACGAAGGGAGGCUGCGAACAUUACUGUACCAAUAUAACCGCUGCAGACGGUUACAUUUGUGGAUGUUACCCCGGAUUCAUAGUCAGCCACGAAAAUAGUAAACUAUGUAUUGAUAUCGAUGAAUGUUCCACCGGAACCCACCGCUGUACUCAAAUUUGUACCAAUUUCAACGGUACUUACGGCUGCUCAUGUAGAGAAGGUUUUGUUUUGAGUGAUUCGUUCAGCGGAGUAUGUAAAGCAGUAGAUCCCAAACUUACCAUAUUAUUCGCGAACGGACCAGAAAUUAGAGGAUUCGAGGUGCACAACAAACGUAUGUUGGAAGUGAUCGAAAACGAGCACAGAAUAGAAGCCAUUGAUUACGAUCCUAGCAACGAAAUGGUCUUCUGGGCUGACUCGUAUGAAAAAUCAAUCAAAAGAUCUUACAUGGUGAAUGGUGCAGAUGGUAAAGCGAAGAUAGGUUAUGCCCAAGAUCUCAACAUCAAAGGUAACUCUAAACCUACUGGAAUUGCUGUCGAUUGGAUUGGAGGCAAUUUAUACUGGACUGAAGUUGAUCGCGGUGUGUCAAAACCGAAAGGACGAGUGGUUGUGUCGACGUUAGAUGGUCGUUACAAACGGUCAUUAAUCACUACCAAUUUAGAUCUUCCAUCGUCUAUCGCCGUCGAUCCUCAAUUAGGUAAAAUGUUUUGGACUGAUAUUGGAGAAUCUCCCAGCAUAGAAACUGCUUGGUUAGAUGGCAGCAAACAAAGAACGCUGUUGAGUGAAAGACUGAGAACUCCUACCGGAUUGACCAUUGAUUAUGGAAUGGAUCAUACGUUGUACUGGGUCGAUGCCAAAAUGAACACCAUUGAGUCUAUUAAACCCGAUGGAACCAAUAGAUUAGUCGUAUUAAGAGAUGUUCAUGUACAUCCUUUAUCUUUGGAUGUGUUCGAAAAUAAUCUAUAUUGGAUCGCUGGUAAAACUGGAGAGCUCAUUAAACAAGAUAAAUUCGGUCGCGGUGUACCAGUCAUUGUAGCUAAAGAUUUAGUCAAUCCUUCCAGCGUUAAAGCUUAUCAUGCUUCGAAAUACAACACAUCUUUAUCAAAUCCAUGUAAAAAUAGUCCUUGCUCUCAUCUAUGUCUAAUCAUCCCCGGUGGUAUGUCUUGCGCUUGCCCAGACAACUCUAAACCAAGAACUGGUAUCAGUGAAGUGUUCUGUGACGCAGCUUCUGAACAACCUAGAGCUGCGCCUCAGGUAUGCUCAUGUGAAAAUGGAGGCAUUUGUAAAGAAGGCACCAAAGAAGAACAGCUGGUGUGCGAGUGUCCUCCCCAGUUCAGUGGACCUUACUGCGAAGUUCACGCUAAACAAUCCUUUACCCAAAUUUUCAAUAGAUCCAAUUUAUUAUAUCCGUUCGUCAUCGGUGUUGUUCUGAUAUCAGCUAUUUUAAUAUUCUUUGUACUAAGAAAGAGACCAUUUGGAAAAGGAGCUGGUCUCGGUAGACUGACGAAUUCACAGAGUGUCUCAUUCAGGCAAGGAACCAAUGUAGAAUUUGGUAAUGCCGGAUUUACCAAUGGACCGGCGACAGGAGAACCACUCGAUGUAGCACAGAUGACCGAUUUUACUAGUAAAAGCAGAGACUUUAGUAAUCCUAUGUACGACGCCUUGGGCGGCGUAGACGCUAAUAUUAUUUCCGAUAAUGGCGCCGGAAUAUACGAAGUUCCUUUAGAAGUGACUAAUAAUAAAAUACAAGAACCAUCGUCAGCCAUAUUGGCUCCGUCCAGUAUUAUACAAAAGUCUUCUCCUCAAAUACAUAUAAGGCAUCGUGAACUAGACCCGACUUCCGUUGAUUCGGGUAAAGAUACUCAAAAACUUGUCGAAGAAGAUAAAUCCGAAUGUUAAUUUGUAAUUUUAUCUAAUUAGACUUUUUUUUUUAAAAUUGACGAUUUAUAUAUUGUUUGUGUGUGUGUGAGAGUGUUUUGUUUUUAUUUUCGAAUUUUAAAUACGACUGCUAGUAAGUUGUACAUAAUCAAACCUACCUUUAUAAAACGUUUUUUGUAAACUCGUCAAGUACCUAACGAGUAUGUUUGUAUUGUAAAAAUUCGUUGUUUUCCCUCUCUUGCAUUUAACGUUGAUUUCGUUUUAAUUUUUGUUACGAAAGAAGACUUUUGAAAGGACCAAAUUUUUUUAAAAAUUAUUUUGAUUAUUCAUGAUCUCAUGUGUAAAAUUUUUAAAAUUCGAGUUGCAUUUAAAAAUACGAAUCCUCGGUCCGGCCACUUACACGAAAACAAAAUAAUGUAACCGAGAAGGAAACAAUUCUACCGAAUCAAAAGUCUUCUUUAUUUUUUAUUUUCCUCUCGAAACGUAUAACUAGUUAUUUUUUUUUAUCUCGAUCGAGUGGAAUGUUGACAUUAUUUUACGUAGGUUAGCAUGCCUACUAAAUUGUUCAUUAUGACGAAAAAUUUACAUUUUUAUGAAAAUUUAUUAUCAUUUUACCUGAAUGUUAUUAUUACGAUAUUUUUUUUCUUCUCUUUUGUAAUGAAUCUAUUUAUUGUUAUAUUUUUUGUAACUUAUUUAUUACCGUUAUUUUUUUCGCGCGUAUUUUGGAAAAAUAACGACGAAACGUGUGUGUAAAAAAAAAGAAAAAUAUUUUUUUAAUUAUAGUGAGAUCUCGACGUACAAACGACAUGGAGUCGAUAAAUGAUUUUUUUAAUGGAAUUUUUAAUUUAUCAAAUAUAAAUUUUUAUUCUGUAAGUACCCGCGUAUUGUUUAUAACAUUCCGCCCACCCUACCAUUUUUAUCAUGUACAUUGUUGUGUUUGUUAAUUUGUAAUGUGUAUAGAAAAAAUGUUUCCAUGUAUUAUAAAUUGUUUAUAUGUAUUAUUGUGAUAAAAGAAAAUUUCUUGUUGUAUUAAUUAUAAAUUAACCACAGUUUUUUUUCUCUUUUUUCUUCUUUUUGAAAACCGAUGUGUUAUAAUUGAUAAUAUGUAAUUAUGUUGUUAAUUUGUAAUAAAAUAUUUAUGGUCGUUUGAAUAACGAA